AUGAAGGAGAUGCUUGGGGGUUGUUGUGUCUGUGCUGAUGAGAACGGUUGGACGGAUAAUCCGCUUAUCUACUGCGAUGGUCCCGGCUGUGAAGUAGCUGUGCACCAAGGCUGUUACGGUAUCCAGGAAGUCCCAGAAGGAGAAUGGCUGUGCGCCAAAUGUCAUGUCGCCGCCACCACGUACUCAAAUGGUGAAUUGAGUCGCAAUGGAUCUUCGAAUGGUGUAAGCCAUGACAUGAUUAAGGCACGUUGUGAGUUGUGUCCAUUCAGCUAUGGAGCUCUCAAGCGCACAGAGCAAAAGGGCUGGGCUCACGUUAUUUGCGCUCUUUAUAUCCCGGAAGUGCGAUUUGGUGAUGUACAUAGCAUGGAUCCUGUCAUUUUAUCAGAUGUGCCAAUGGAGAGGUUCGAAAAGCUUUGCUACAUCUGUGCAAACGCGGGCGAUUCGCGGGCUGCUCAGAUGGGCGCGUGCAUGUCAUGCAAUAAACCUGGCUGUAAGCGAGGAUUUCACGUAACCUGUGCCCAACAACGCGGUUUACUUUGUGAGGAGGGAGGGGGUAGCAAGAAUGUGAAGUAUUGCGGUUACUGUGAGCACCAUCUGCGUAAAGCGUACAUGGUAUUUUAUCGGCUGCUUGGUCCAGCCUCUUUACGUCUUGCCAGUUAUCGAUUAUGCUCUGUCACUUCCAACGCUACGCUGAACACUAUGCAAACCUAG